AUGGCAGCUAAAAUAUGUUUCAAUGAGGCUUUGUACGAUGAAUCAAAGCUCAAGAAUUGUGAUACAACAACAUCGCAUUCUAGACAGGCACAGGAAAGAAUUCAAGAAUUUAAUAGAUUAAAACGAGCCAGACAACUUCUUGAUGCUAUUUCUCUUACAAAUGAAUUACUUGCAGAUGGUUCAAAUGUAGAAAUAUUGAGUCUUGCUAAUACAAUAAUAAAAAGAUUUAAAGUUUUGGGUGUAUCUAACAUAUCAUUAGAAAAUUCCAAUCAAAAUACAAGGACGUCUAUAUUCAAACCUCUUCAUACUGGUAUUUAUCACUGUUGUACUUUCUGUUCAAGUGGGGGUAAGAAAGAAGCCACUUGUGGCUGCAGAGGAAUUAUACCUGGUGGAUAUAAAGGUUGUGGCCAUGGUCAUAUUGGACAUCCUGGGGUAUAUCAUUGGUCUUGCUGUGGAUCAAUCCUACGUUAUGGAUGUUGCCUCUCUUUUCAAAAAAGUAUACAUCAACUGCUGUUUUAAUGAGCGGAUAGCACUCAUUACCAGACGAUACUGAAGAGGAUAAUGCGGAGGUGGAACUGUUGAAUUAGCAUUUGGUAAUUGAACAUCACAUAGAGGGCAAAUUUCGUAAUAAUUAUUUUGGCUGCUUUCCGAUUUAUUGUUUUGAGUUUUAAUACUUUUUGUAAAAUUAUAAAAUGCUGUGAAUGUAAAAGAGAGCAUAAUAAGAUCUCUGUUUUUGAAAA